CUAGAGCUUGUAUUCCAAGUUCUCAGUGUGGCUGUGAGAGUUUCUGUGCACAGGGCAGGAGGUGCUCUUGAUAUGUGUCCCGUGGCGUGGCUCAUGUGAGCUAGACACAGCUGGACUGGGCCUUGGAGCUCCCAGAAGGGAGCUUCUGAAAAGUGAGGCCUUUUAGGGACUUCUCAGGAGCCAGGUUGGGGGAAUCUAGAUUUACUGGUGAACCUAGGCCUGUAGCUCUGGCCAGAGGGGCUAGGAUGAAAAAAGUGAGGAGGAGGUGUGGGUGUGGCGUGACACAGCGACCCUGGGGAUGGUGUUUGGGUCAGUGGGGAGCCUGAGAAAGGCCAGGAUGUGGAUUGUGGAUGAGCUGGUAUGGCACUGAGCCUGAAAUGGUCAAAAUUAUCCAACCUGAGGUCCCCAGUGCCUGGGAAGGUUAUCCUCUUGAGUGUCUGUGUGAAUGUGAAGAGGAAGCAGAGGCCUGCUUAUACGGACGUGGAGGCCGGGUCUGAAGAAUGGAUGUGGACACCAAAGUCCUGACCCUUGGCCAGGACAGGAAAAUUGAUCUGUGAGAGACCCUCCUCUAGUUCAUACCCUUGGUGACCCUGGGAGGGGUGGGGGGUUUAAAGAUCCCAGUCUGAUAGAAUCUGGAGAGUAGGGGGCUUGGGAGUUAACAGGAAGGUUUCUGGCCACUGUGAGCUUUGGCUCAAGAAGAGGUGCAGCAGCUGCCUUCUGUUAGUGCCUACUGUGGAUUCCCCAGUUAGAAUUAAAGUGAAAGUGAAAUAGAGAGUGGUGGGCAGUACUUUCCCAGAAGGAUUUCACUGCAUCCUGCCUUUCCCAGAACCAGCUUGGACAGUGGAGUGAGCAUUGCCUCUCUAUGACUAGAGAGGAGGAAGUGGUCACAGAUAUAUAGAGCCAGGCUCACCAGUUCCUGACACAUGCAUCAUGACCAUGAGACAGAACUGGACACCAGAUCCCAGUCCACUGUGGGUCCUGUUCCUGUGUGCCCACAUCGUCACUCUCCUGACAAGAGCCACACCUCUACCUCAGCCCAUCACAGCUGCCACUGCCUCAGCUGGGAAUGCCAAGGACCCCUGCCCCUUCCAGCCCCCAGUGCUCCCAGCAGCUAAGUGGUGCCCAGCAUUGGAGGUGACCUGGCCAGAAGUGGAAGUGCCAUUGAAUGGAACGCUGACCUUGUCCUGUACUGCCUGCAGCCGCUUCCCCUACUUCAGUAUUCUCUACUGGCUAGGCAAUGGUUCCUUCAUCGAGCACCUCCCAGGCCGGCUGUGGGAAGGCAACACCAGCCGGGAGCAUGGGAGCACAAGCACCCGAUUGUGGAGGGCCUUGGUGCUGGAGAAGCUGAGCCCCACCUUGCGCAGCACCAACUUCUCCUGUGUGUUCGUGGACCCUGAACAAGUUGUCCAGCAUCACAUCAUCCUGGCCCAGCUCUGGGCUGGGCUGAAGACAGUCUUGCCCCCCACUCAAGCCCCACCCUCCAGCCAAAGCCCAGGGCCAGCAACAGCACCACCUUGACCAGAGCCUGAGAACUACCUACCUGGAAUGUGAACGGUCUCUGCGCACAGGCUGUGCAGGCGAGCAGCUCAUCCUCCCUGACCACUCCCUGCUGUCCCCUCCUCCUCUGCUUUAGUUCUCCCCUCGCACCAAUUCAGACUCCCUUCAGAUGAGACUAGAAAAUCACUACUGUUUCCUUAAUGCUUCCUCCUCCUGCACCUUUGCUCAUUUGGUCCCCUCUUCCUCACCAUCUCAGCAGGUGAAUUCUGCAGCCUGGCUGAAACGCCACCUCUUCAGAGAAGUCCACACUCUGCACUGACUGACUUCAUGUUGUUUUCUUUUCUUUUCACUCUAAUGGACUAUACCAGGGAAAGGAAGAGGGCAGUGACUACUUCCGAUCCAUAACUGUAUCUGUCAUACCUAGCAGGGCCCACAAUGGGUCCUCAUAAAGUACUGUUCAGUGGAAGCGUUUUGACAUCUGCUCAGUCAUUUAGGCCUCAGUUCACUCACAGGAACUAUGCCUGUCCCAGGAGAGAGUUAUGGGAAGAGAGGGACUGCCAUUGGCAAGCUAAAGACAAAACCAGACUCAGGGGAACACAGGCCAGAAAUCGAGUAUGGGAAGCUCCUGGAGAAAAUGUGUUCCCAAGAGGAAGGAAUGGAUGAAAGAAGGGAAGUGUCUGGAAGACUCCGCAGGGACAAAGCCUGCACAGGUUCAGUGCUACACAUGGAGGGGACGCUAGCCUUAAGAGUCAGGAGACAGGGAUGGAAUUUCGGCCCUGCCCUUUUCUACAGAGGAGGUCCUAAGCAAGUCACUGCCCUUCUCAAGAUCUCAGCUUUCUUAUAUGGACUGCUACUGACUGAGGACCCCUUGAGAGGAAAGGCAUCCAGGACAGCCCUUGACCUAGGCCCUCCUUUCAGUCUACUUCCAUGGCUUCUACUACCUCCAAAAUGGCAAUUCCCAGAUCUCUGCCGUGGCCCAGACCCUGCUCUCCAGACAAAGAUAUCCAAUCUCCCCAGGCAUCCCUGCAUGCCCUCAGCUACUCCACAAUGAACAUCUCCCAAAUGAAGCCCAUUUGUCUGUUCUUCCCCUGCAUCUCCACCCAGGUCCCCAAGCCAUGAACCCGGGUACAAUCCUACCUCCAUCCCUGUCCUACUAAGCCAAAGCACCAUGCCUCCUGAACAGCUGUCCUAACCCCACCCUCUCCCUGCUUAUGUCCUUCCUUGGUCCACCUCACCUCCUCUCACCUAGACUUAUGGUGUCUGAGAGAGGCAACAGAGUGGUGGCAAGCAAGGACUUGAGCCAGGCUGCCCAGGUUCAAACCCCAGCUCCACCACUGUGGGACUUUGGGCAAGUGAUUGCCCCUCUGUGCCUCAAUUUCAUCUGUUGAAGGAGAUAUAAUAGAACCCACCUCAGAGGGUUGUUGGGGGAUAAAUGAAUUAGUUGCAACUGUUACAGCAGUGUCUGGCACAUAGUAAGUGCAACAUACAUGUUUAUUUAAUAAAAGCAAUAAAUGUGUUUCUAGUCCUAAUUUC